GAAUGAUCAGAUAAACCAUCAGGCUGUAGCAGAGAGAGCUACUGUGACGUCUCUUGAUCAUGGAGUCCAUGCCGGUUCAGCGUGUUUGUGGAAUAUUGGUGUUACUCGGUCUAUGUUUGGUGUCAUUCACUCCAUGCUGCGAUGGAGGAAAUAUCCUGGUGUUUCCUUUAGAUUGGAGUCACUGGAUCAACAUGAAGAUCCUGCUGGUAGAGCUCCACACCAGGGGACACAACAUCACAGUGAUCAGACCCUCCAACAGCUGGUACAUCGAUGAAAAGUCACCUCUCUAUACCUCUAUUAGCUUCCCAAUGAAAGAAACAGAGACUCCUAUUGAUGAUUACAUAAAGAAGAAUAUAAUGGUGCAGAGAGAGGGAGCAUCUUUAAUCACUAUCUUAAAACUCAUUCAGAAUCUUUUUGCUGUUCUUUUUGAAAUUCAUACAAUGUGGGUUGAUAUGAUUGGCAAUAUCUUAGAUGAUAAAAAUGUGGUCCAAAGCUUACUGGAUGCCAAAUAUGAUCUAGUUCUCACUGACCCAGCCACUGUAGCAGGAUUGGUAUUAGCUAAACAUCUCAAACUGCCCUCAGUGCUCAAUGUUCGCUGGAUCCCUGCAGGAGAUGGACACUAUGUGAUCGCCCCCUCACCCCUCUCCUAUGUCCCAUCCCUUGGAUCAGGAUUGACAGACAAAAUGACCUUCAUCCAGAGGGUCAAGAAUUUUUUCUAUCAUGGUGUUAUUGAAUACCAGCAGAGAUUUUUACUAGGACCACGCUAUGAAUCCCUCUGUGAUAAAUACAUUGAAGGUGGAUGCAGCGUCACCUCACUCCUUCAAGACGCAGACAUUUGGCUGUUCAGAUCAGAUUUUGUGUUUGACUUCCCUCGACCCACAAUGCCAAAUGUCGUCUAUAUGGGAGGGUUUCAGUGCAAAAAAGCUCAGCCUCUGCCAGCAGACCUGGAGGACUUUGUUCAGAGUGCAGGUGAGCACAGAGUCAUCAUCAUGUCUCUGGGAUCCAUGGUUGAUGCUUUGCCUGAAGACCUUGCAGAUGCAUUUGCCAGAGUCUUUGCCAAGAUGCCCCAGAAGGUGAUCUGGAAGCACAAAGGAAAGACACCCUCUACUCUGGGCAACAACACCCUCAUGGUGGACUGGAUGCCCCAGAAGGACCUCCUGGGCCACCCUCAGACCAAAGCCUUUGUAGCUCAUGGAGGCACCAAUGGAGUCCAGGAAGCCAUCUACCACGGGGUCCCUGUUCUCGGCAUACCACUGUUCUUUGACCAGUAUGACAACCUGCUACGUCUGCAGGAGAGAGGAGCGGGAAAGAUCCUGGAGCUAGCUUAUGCCAACGAGCAAAGCUUUGAGCAAAUGCUCAAGGAGGUGCUCUAUCAGGACAGCUACAGACAGAACAUUCAGAGGUUGUCCCGUCUGCACAGGGACCUGCCGCUGGCACCCAUGGAUCAGGCUGUAUUCUGGGUGGAGUAUGUGAUACGCCAUAAAGGGGCUCCUCACCUUCGCACAGAGGCCUAUAAGAUGCCCUGGUACUCAUACCACUCUUUAGAUGUACUGCUAGUAUUGAUGACAGCAGUGACUGUGCUGCUGCUCUCAGCUUUAGCAGUUUUAAGGUUUCUAUGCUGCAGAUGCAGAAGGAAGUCCAAAACCAAACAACACUGAUUCAGAUCAGAUUUGACACAAAGAAAAUUGCUGGAAUGAAUCCUCUUAUUUUUCUGUUUGAACAGAAGUGAAAUCUUAAAGACAAGUUGACAUUUUUAUAAUUGUUGAUUCUACGUGUAUUCCUUAUAAAGAAAACACAUUUGCCUCUUCGUGCAAGGCAUACCAGGAUCAGAUUUGAUACAGAGAAAAAUUGCUGGAAUGAAUUCUUUUAAUCUUUAUGUUUUUAAAGAAAUUGAUAUGUUAAGUGAUUUUAUUGAUAUCAUUAGUCAAGAGGUAAAUGGAAGUGAACAAAUUUUGCAUAAUUAGGAAUAUUGUAAAGUUGACGUGUUCCAAAGAUUUUUGCUUAAAUACCAAAAAGUCAUGCAUGAUUAUUGACUAAAAAUGAUUAAGUCGUUACUCUAGGAAGUCUAAAACCAAACAUCAGUGAUUCAGAUCAGAUUCAACACAAAGAAAAAUACUGGAAUGAGUUUUCUUAGUUUCUGUAUUUUAACAAUAGGUGCUAUCUUAACAGGAGCCCUAAUUGUUAAGACAUCUUGAUUUUUUUCAACACUUGUGAUUCUAUGUGUGUGCUGUAUACAGAAAUAAACAUUAGCUUUUUAUGCAAUGCAUUUUCUUGUAGUGAUGUCACCAAUCCUUUGAAAUGAUCUCACCUUCAUCUAUAUUACACUUAAUUCUUGCUUAUUGUGCAAGAUCAGAAGAGCAGUGUGUUUUUGUUUUGUUUUUUCUUGAACAGGCUGAACGACAAUCAAUAAAGUUGCC